CGCUUCGAAGCCUCUGUUCCAGCACCGGGGAGUUACGUGGGUGUGAGCCCCCGGGCCCGACAGCCUGUGGGCAGCUGCCGCGUCCUGCUGCGGAAGGAAACACGAAGCGGGGUGCGGGGACCAAGAGCUCCGGGCGGAGCGGCCGGCACAGGCUCAGCGGGGCAGGCGACUCAGGGUAGCCCAACACUUCGACGCGUCACUCCGGCGCACCAUCGGCGCCGGCUGCGGGCGCGCGGGCCGGCGCGGGGGCGGGACUUCCGGUAGGGCGGGACUUCCGGCAGGGCGGGCCGGGAGGCCGGGGCUGUUGGUACAGCUCCUCGGUGGCACGUGGCGCGCGUUUUUGGCGUGGGGGCUUCUCAGCGGUUUGCGAGGGGGACAUCCACACAGAGGCCGUCAGGUCGGCCGCGGGGGCACCGUCUCUGUGCGGCUCCUGUCUCGGCGCUGGGUGGGCGGCCUCCGCGGGCGGCGAGGCUCGGCGCGCGUCCGUCAUGGACUACCGGCGGCUGCUGAUGAGUCAGGUGGUUCCCGGGCAGUUCGACGAUGCGGACUCCUCCGACAGUGAAAACAUUGACUUGAAGAUAAUCAAAGAGGAAGAUGACUUUGUGUUUGAAGACCUUCAAAAUAAUGUGAAUGAGAGGAUGGGUGACGGUGAGAUAGAAGAUGAGGAGGAGGAAGAGGAUUAUGAUGACGAUGACUGGGACUGGGAUGAUGGCAUUGGAAAACUCACCAAGGGUUUUACCUUGAAUGGAGGGAGUAACCCACAGGCAAAUCGACAGACUUCCAACUGCAAUUCAGCCAAAAUGUCUACUCCAGCAGACAAGGUCUUACGGAAAUUUGAGAAUAAAAUUAAUCUAGAUAAGCUAAAUGUUACUGAUUCUGUCAUAAAUAGAGUCACUGAAAAGUCUAGACAAAAGGAAGCAGAUAUGUAUCGCAUCAAAGAUAAGGCCGACAGAGCAACCGUGGAACAGGUGUUGGAUCCCAGAACACGAAUGAUUUUAUUCAAGAUGUUGACUAGAGGAAUUAUAUCAGAGAUAAAUGGCUGCAUUAGCACUGGAAAAGAAGCUAAUGUAUACCAUGCUAGCACCACAAAUGGACAGAGCAGAGCAAUCAAAAUUUAUAAAACUUCUAUUUUGGUGUUCAAAGAUCGGGAUAAGUAUGUAAGUGGGGAAUUCAGAUUUCGUCAUGGCUAUUGUAAAGGAAACCCCAGAAAAAUGGUGAAAACUUGGGCAGAAAAAGAAAUGAGGAACUUAAUCAGGCUAAACACAGCUGAGAUCCCAUGCCCAGAACCUAUCCUGUUGAGAAGCCAUGUUCUCGUCAUGGGUUUCAUUGGGAAGGAUGACAUGCCAGCGCCACUCUUGAAAAACGUCCAGUUAUCAGAAUCCAAGGCUCGGGAGUUGUAUCUGCAGGUCAUUCAGUACAUGAGAAGGAUGUAUCAGGAUGCCAGGCUCGUCCAUGCGGAUCUCAGCGAAUUUAACAUGCUGUACCACAGUGGAGGUGUGUACAUCAUUGAUGUUUCUCAGUCCGUGGAGCAUGACCACCCACACGCCUUGGAGUUCUUGAGAAAAGAUUGUGCCAAUGUCAAUGAUUUCUUUUUGAAGCGCGGUGUUGCUGUGAUGACUGUGCGGGAGCUCUUUGAAUUUGUCACAGAUCCCUCAAUUACACUGGAGAACAUGGACGCUUAUCUCUCGAAGGCCAUGGAAAUAGCAUCUCAAAGGACCAAGGAAGAAAGAUCCAGCCAAGACCAUGUGGAUGAAGAGGUGUUUAAACGAGCAUAUAUUCCUAGAACCUUGAAUGAAGUAAAAAAUUAUGAGAGGGAUAUGGAUAUAAUGAUGAAAUUGAAGGAAGAGGACAUGGCCAUGAAUGCCCAACAAGACAAUAUUCUGUACCAAACUGUCACAGGGAUGAAGAAAGAUUUGUCAGGAGUUCAGAAGGUGCCUGCACUUCUAGAAAAUCAAGUUAAGGAAAAGGCUUGUUCUGAUUCAGAAGAUGCUGGAGGCUCUGAGUGUGCUGACACAGACUUGGAAGAGCAGGGAGACCAUGCUUGCUCCAAGAAGCCCCCCACCGACCUCGAGGUUGAUAAAAAGGAAAGAAAAAAGAUGGUCAAGGAAGCUCAGAGAGAGAAAAGAAAAAACAAAGUUCCUAAACAUGUGAAAAAAAGAAAAGAGAAGACAGCCAAGACAAAAAAGGGAAAAUAGAGUCAGGGCUAUGUUACGUAGAGUAAUUCUCCGUCAGUCGCUUUUCUGGCCUGCGCAGUAAGCUGCCUCUGGAAGAUGGCUUAUUGAUUUAACCGAAUGGUGAUUACGGCAGCGUCUGUGAAGACUGAUUGGGUGUCUUCGUGUAAUUAUGUAAAGAGCUCUGAGCUCUGUUGCCUAGACCUGUCCCUGGCUCUGUCUGGUAUUAUCAGAGGAUUUAUUUAAGCUGCUGUGUUAAUGAAGAACUUUGUACAGUUUUAUAUAUUUUUUCUCUUACAACAUGUUCUUUGAAGCAUCGUACAUACUUCAAGGUGAUGGACAUCCGUAGCCUUUAUGUGGGUGUAAAGGCACCUUGGACAGGCUGGGGCACGUUGUUUUUGCUUUGUUUGUACAUGCCAAAGACCCAUCUGAAAUCAUUUGCUGGUCAGGCCGUGGUUUCUGUACAAGGGGCUUUCACUGAUAAGAGAAUUCGGUUGGCUGUCGAUGUAAUCGUUCACAGCGACUCUGUUCUGUCUGCAUUGGCGAUCAUUUGUCAUGCACUUACUCUUCAUCUUGAAUACUCUUUUUUAAGCUAGGGCCUCCUAGUUCAUAAGCUAUUUCACAUUCAGCUAUUUGGCCUGUUCAUUCAUCUCUCAAAUAUUUGAGUAUUUCAGUGCUAGGAAUACAGCAGUUAACAAAACAGGGAAAAACUUCUAGCUUCAGGUAGUUUACAUUUUAAAGGAAGACAAGAUAUUAAGAUAAGUUAAAAAACAGUGUAUCUGCAGGUGAUAAAAUCUGUGGAGAGAAAUAAUGCAGAGAAGAAAGAAUGCCUGGGGAAGUGGGAGUUUGCAGUUUAAAAAUAGGCCACACUGAGAGGCUGUAUUUCAGCAAAUACCUGAAGAAUGUGAGUCAUGUGCAUUUCAGGAGUGAAGAGCAUUCCUGGUAAUGCAAACAGCAAGUGCCAAGGCCCUGAGGCAGAAAUGUGCCUGAAAUGUUCUAGAAACAAGAUGCUGGAGCAUCAUAAUCGAGGAAGAAAGUAGUAGAUGAGGUCAGAUGGUGUUAGGCUAUUGGAGAGUUUUUAGCAGAAGAAUGAUAUGAUCUGACUUCUGUUUUGAAAGGAUUGUGAUCACCCUGGCCUCUGGAGAAUUGACUAGGAAGCAAGGGUGAGAGGCCAGUUGGUUAUUUAUUGUGGUACCCCACAUGAGAGGUGAUGGCUUGGUCUAGGAUGGUAGCAGCGGACAUGGAGCGAAGUGGUUGUAUUCUAGACAGAAUACAAAGGUAGAGUGAACUGGCCGUGCUAAGGGAAUACCUGAGGAAUUGGGAGAAAGAGUGGGACGCCCUCAGGAUUUAUGACCAAAGCAACUGCAGUGAAUGUUGGAGUUGUGACUUAAUGUUGGCACUGUCACUUCCCAACUGUUGGGAAGCAAUGUGGGUGGAGCAGAUUUGGGAGUAGGAGGGUAAGGUAAAAGCUUAUAUUGCGACAAAGCAAAAAUGUUGAAAGAAAUUACCAAGUUAGUUUUUAUUUUUUACCAUGUACUUGAUAUUAGAAAUGUCUCUUUUAGCCCUUGCAUCAGACACAGUUUCUAUAAAUAAACAGUUUCCCUAAAACUGAAGCUUGCACCUGCUUGAGAGUUGGUGGAUUAUUGGUGGCGGGUCCGCUGAGCUUUUAAAAUUUUAAGUCAAAUUAUCAUGUUCAUAAUACUUUUCCUUCCUGACUUUAAAAAGUUCAAAAUACAAUUUCAGUGAAAGACGACAGUAGCCCCUCUGAAAUAUUCUACAGUUAACACAACCGAGGAGAAAGCUCACACAAACGUAGCCAUCCUCCCCACCGUGGGGAGUUCGUCUCAGGGUCUUCUGGGGCCUGGCCUAGCCUGGCCUUCUCUCUGACAAGGUGUGUAUGAAGCAAGCGGUCAAGCUCCUCAGAGCAAUCUUAUGGCGACUAAUGCAAUUACUCAGUUUGGAAUCAGUUUCACUUGGGCAAAAGUAGUGUCGGCCAGAUUCAGGACAGUUCAUUCUCAUUUACGUUGCUGUCGGGAGGGAGUGGCUUGUAAAAUGCCAAGAUUUGGGACUACAGGGGGAGUCUAAUUUGAGGAACGUUUUUCUGAUAACUUUCGCUGUUGGGGCUGUUGCCCUGUUUGGAUUCUGGGACAUAGACUGUAGCUGAGUGGUAACCACUGGUCGUGUUCUUGCCGAACUCAUCUGAGACCAUAUUUCCAGUGUUUCUUUCUCACCAGGAGGCUGGGAAGGAAGGAGCCCGUUCUUAGCCAAAGUUAUAGGCUUGGAUUGCCUUUGAAUUUGACAGGUUUAGUGUCUGGAUUAUUGCUUGUACAGUUACUUUCCAAUGGGAGAGAUGAGGUUCAGGUCUCUUGGCCUGAAGGCUGGGACAUAAUUCUGUCAAUUGUAGUAGAUGAAUCUGAUUUUCUGUCCUAUUUUGUUGAUUUUUCUAAUCCCUUCAAAUAAUGCAGGUGUUACUAAAAGUUUACCAUGAGAAACCUGGAGAUUCCUUUGAAGACAAAAUCACAGCUGUUUCUUACGCUGGCUGCUCCACUUCCUGCUCUUCCUUGGAUGAAGCAGUUGAGGAACAGAACUUUCACGGUCCCGGAAGCUCCAG